AUGGAAACGGCAGGAUGGGAUUCCCAGGGCGCCCCAUCCCCCUCUCCGCCAUACGGGGCUCCGGGCUUUGUGGCCAGGGGCUGGUGGCUGCUGGUACGGGGCUGGUUGGGCGGAGGGUGUGGGACUGCUCCCGGGAAACCCGACCUUGUCAUUAGAAGGCUUCCAAGAUCCCUUGUGAGAACCUUCACUCCUUUUUACUUUCUGGUGGAGCCAAUGGACAUUCUGUCAGUUCGCGGAGCGUCUGUUGUAAUGAACUGUUCAGCUUAUUGUGAAACUUCUCCAAAAAUUGAAUGGAAAAAAGAUGGGACUUUUCUAAACUUGGUGUCAGAUGACCGUCGCCAGUUGCUACCAGAUGGAUCUUUAUUAAUAAACAGUGUGGUGCAUUCCAAGCAUAAUAAACCUGAUGAAGGAUACUAUCAAUGUGUGGCAACUGUGGAAAGCCUGGGGACCAUUGUCAGCAGAACAGCAAAGCUCACCGUAGCAGGCCUUCCCAGGUUCACCAGUCAGCCAGAAUCAUCGUCUGUCUAUAAAGGAAACAGUGCAAUCCUUAACUGUGAAGUCAAUGUUGACCUUGCGCCGUUUGUGAGGUGGGAGCAGGAUCGUCAGCCAGUCUUUCUGGAUGAUCGUGUAUUUAAAUUACCAAGUGGAGCUCUAAUUAUUAGCAAUGCUACUGAUAUGGAUGGAGGACUCUAUCGCUGCAUCAUUGAAAGUGGUGGGACCCCCAAAUACAGUGACGAAGCAGAGCUCAAAAUUCUUCCAGAUCCAGAGGUGCCACAGAACUUGAUGUUUGAGAGGCAGCCCUCUUCACUUACGAAAGUUACUGGGCAAAGUGCAGUUUUUCCAUGUGUUGCCGUAGGAUUUCCAACUCCAUAUAUCCGGUGGACAAGAAAUGAAGAAGAGCUCAUCACGGAAGGCUAUGAAAGAUUUCUUCUUCUUGCGGGAGGCAGUCUGGAGAUCAGUGAUGUUACGGAAGAGGACGUUGGGACGUAUACCUGCAUAGCAGAUAAUGGAAAUGAGACGAUUGAAGCUCAAGCAGAACUUACAGUUCAAGCCGUUCUAUUUGCUGUUGGUGUAAUGGGUGUUUCUAGUACAGAAAAUACUUUGGGUAUUGAUG